GUUUUAACGAAAGAAAAGACUUUUUUUUCCUUUUUUAAUAUGUGGGCCUGUUAUCUUCUUCCUUUUACCGUACUUCUCUAUGAGAAAUUAAAAGAAUUAAUGCCGGAAGCGGACGCAUCCGAAGGAUGUGGGUUGCAAAAUUGCAAUUGUAUCGCCUGUGAGGGGCUGAGCGAUGACGCAUCUGGUCAGGACGCCCACUCUCUUGACAUCGCCAACGAAAAUCUUUUUCUCGUUCUUGGGUGGUCUGAUCUGGAUGAACGCAAGUUGAAGAUCCGCCCCAACCUGUCGUCUAGUUGCUGGAUUUUGACGAGAUUAGGGUAGCGGCUGUCGGCACAUAUUCUUUGGCUGGUGAUCUGAUUCAUAGACAGCUAUAUGAUGUAGUGCGCAAGGAAAUAUGGUACCGACCUGACAUGUACUUUUACAGGGACAUGCUAGUGAUGCUUGCUAGAAACAGAAAGGUAGAUGAAGCAAAGCUGGUUUGGCAAGAUUUGAAGAGAGAGGAAGUUUUGUUUGAUCAGCAUACCUUUGGA